UUGUUAGGGGGGGGAGGCGUGUUUGUGUCUGUCUGCUCCCUGUGUGAGGAUGGCGGUAGACAGCGGGGACGAACCUACUUUCUCUCUAGUGGAUGUUUUAGAGGAGGACGAUGAGUUAGAAGAAGAAGCCUAUGCAGUGCUGGGUGGCAGUGAUCCCGACAAAUGUUCCUAUCCUCAGGGAUACGUGAAGCGGCAGGCGGUGUACGCGUGCAGCACUUGCACCCCGCGAGGCGGCGAGCCGGCAGGAGUCUGUCUCGCGUGUUCCUACAAGUGCCACGAGGGACACGAGCUCUUCGAACUGUACACGAAAAGGAAUUUCCGAUGCGAUUGUGGAAAUGACAAGUUCGGGGGACUGAAAUGCAAACUUUUUCCUGACAAAGUUGGUUGUAACCCCAACAACAAAUACAACCACAAUUUCUUCGGCCUCUAUUGCACCUGCGACAGACCUUAUCCGGACUCAGAAGAUCAGGUUCCAGAUGAGAUGAUCCAGUGCAUUGUCUGUGAAGACUGGUUCCAUGGCAGGCACCUGGGCUGCGAGUUGGAGGAGUGUGUGGAGCUGCAGGAGAUGGUGUGUGAGGCAUGCAUGAACAAGGCUCCUUUCCUGUGGAGCUACGCUGCCCACAUAACAGCACCCCCACUGACAAAGGUGAGCCCUUGUAAGGAAGAGGUGGAGGUGAACGUGGAGGCUGGAGACGGUGAGAAGGAGGAGGAAGCUGAGGAAUCAGUUCCUUGCAGAAAUGGAAGUCUGGAGGCAUCCAGGAGUCUGACUGAGGAUGUGGAGGACAAGGUACUGAACUCGGCACAGGUGGUGCCUAACGGAGCGGUAGGCUGCAAGCGGACCCACGGACAGAUGGAGGGUUCCGUCCCCACACCAGCUCCUCCCCCAGGCCAGUGCAAGCUGGUGGCACUGGAGGCUAAAGGCCUGGAAAGGAUGCGACAGGGUGCUGUAUUUUGGCCGUACGUGUGGCGCAGCCAGCUGUGUACCUGCAUCAGCUGCAAGCGGGCCUAUGUGGCAGCAGGUGUUCCCUUUCUGCUCGAUGAGUCAGACACAGUCCUCGCCUAUGAGAACAGGGGUCGGGCGGCACACGAGGGCUGCGACCCACUCAUGUCAGCGCUCAACAUGCUGGAUCACGUACAGCAGCUGGAGAUAAUCUACGAAUUCAAUGACAUGAAGGCUGAGCUGAAGGAGUACCUGCAAAGGUUUGCAGUUGAAGGAAAGGUUGUAACUUCAGAGGACAUCCAGAGUUUCUUUGAAGAGCUUCAGGCCCGGAAACGACGCAGAACGAGUCCGUGCCAGUAUUACUGCAGCUGAACUGCUCCCGGCCAGCCGUAGGAGUUGUCCUCCACGUUUUCUUUUCCCUCUUCUAGCUCUAGAGUGAUUGGCUGCGGUACUUUUUUUUUUUAAAGAAAUUAAAACUUGGUCACUGAAGGGUUGUAAGACCAAGGUGUUUUAUGUUAGUCACUGUGUCUAAUGGCAAGGGUGGGUGUGGAUUCUGCCUGCACGUGGUACAAAACUACCCUUUAAGGAAGACCUGAUGAACCCGUUGUGGUUCCACUGUUAUCCUCAGCUGUAUUUAUCUCUUCUAUUGUGGAAAGGCUCUAAGGGCGAUGAGAAGCAACAAUGGUUUAUCUUCCAGUAGUGAGCUCCUUAUGUUUAUGAAACCAUCUAACCCCAGGGUCUGUUUUCAUGGUGUUCUUCAGAUUUCAACAUGUCCUUGCUUCUUGUGGCUCAGGCUGCAGUGUUUUCCCAUGGAUUUGCCUGGUUUGUGGUUUUACAGAACAGGGUUCCAGUAUUUGCUACAUUGCUGGCAGUAAACACCAGAGUCUCAAUGUUUUGUAUGUGUGUGCGUGCAUUCCCCUCCCCCCUCAUUUUAAACAGUUCCUGCAUUUUGUUCUUUUAGUUUCAGAAUAAAAUAAGUAUGUGUGAAAUGGUUAUGGUUUAAAAUUUUACCAGUUCAAUAAACGGAAAGUGUUUAUAUUCAGCCUCUGGCGGGUUCUGAGUACUUAAUGUUAGUCUAACAACUAGGGCACUAAUAUCUUAAGGACAAAAUAACCUGAGAAAGACUUAUAGUGAAGCACUUUUAUUUUGAAGAUGCUACUUAGCUGCAAAUUUUAAGUUCAUCACUGUUACACACCCCUUCUCAGAUAAGAGUAUAAAAAUAGAACUGGAGAAAUUGUAUACAACUUGGGAUGGGGAGUCUACAAGAAAAAGGUUGUGUAUAUAUAUAUAUACAACAAAUAUGGCUGACAUAUUUGUUAUACACAUAUAAAAAAAUUCAUAAUAUAACAAUACCACAAAUUUCCAGAGUUUUCUCUUCGAAGGUACCUACAAAAUUAAAAAAUACUAUUUCUCCAAAACACUAUGUACAUGAAGCAUUAACUAGAGUUUUACAAAGGACCGGUUGAUGCGGGUUUGCAGUAAGAAAAUGCUUGCAUAGGACAGAAGUUCACGUCACAUGAAGACGCCCAGCCACUGGUGAGGGAAGGCACUCGCUUGUCGCUCAUACAGAGGAAAGCAGCAGGACGGCCUCAGAGGGAAUGGCUGAGACUGUCCUGGAAAAAACGAGCAAACCAAGGAGGGUGGGGUUGGGGGGGGGACAGUGGUCUGCAUGUUUUCCUCAUGAAGCAAACAGGAUGGAAAAUGGAAAAAGCUGCUUCUUUUGUCACAACAGAACUUGCAUGGGAAAAUGCUGCCAAAAAAAGCGCCAAAAAAACACUUAUGCAGCUCUGCUCAGAGCUGUUGUGCUACUUUAUAGUCCCAAGGACUGCUCGCGAUUUCCCCUGCGCAUCGUAUGGCAGACGCUGUACCAGAUCGCUGUGCUGGGACGCCAGCGCAGACAACCACACUGUUCUGCAGUGACUUUGCUGGAAGCCGCUGAAAGCGAUAUGGAGAUGUCUGACAUCACUGUGGUCAGCUGUGACCACACUGACCACGACACCUGAAGGUACACCAUGCAAGAAGAACGCUGAUAAAAUGAAUGCUCUAAGUGAAGGAAUGAACUCAGUUUGAGCAGUACGAGAACAUGGGCUUUGCUGGUACGGCAAAACCACACACAGUGCUUCUGUAGCGCAGCUCAGGGUUCAACCGCAGCUGCGGACCUGCGAUGGAAUUUAUCUCCUAUACACAAGUGCAAAAAUCAACUCGUGGAAAAUGGGCAAUUUACAAUGAACUGUCCUUUUAGCUCCUCAAUACUUCACUAUAUCUUCUUUAAGUUAAAUUGCAGACAGCCGUUGGAGGAGAUUGGGUGCUGCUAAGAGUCUAAAGACAAAUCACAGAACACCCAAUGUCGGUAGCUCCCAUGGCAUGUCUGUGCUGUAUCGUGUCGUAUAAUUAAGGAAGGACACAAGGCCCUCCAAAUACAGGAAUGAGGCUCAACACUGCUAGGGAACACAAGGUAAAAGGCUAAAAAUGAAGACACGGGCAAGCCAUGGCAUGCUCAACUACCCACAAUCCAACAGUUUCCUGUUCCUCAUGUAAACAUAAAAGACACUGGUUGGGUCGUCCAGGAGUCACAGGCAGGCUGCAGGAAGUAGGGAUAAGUUCAACAUGUGGCAUCCUUAAGUACACCAAGGAAGAAAAACAACUUAUAAACAUCCUCCUCGUAAGGAGUUGGAGCAUGAAGAGGUCUCGCGCAGCCCACCCUGAGUUAAGACUCAAGAGUUGACAUCUCAACCGUAUCGCCAACACAAGUGGCUUGGACUUCAUCUGAUGACUCCUGGUACCAGUUAAACCACUGUUCCACCACCCCAGUUUCAGGCCCUUCUUUGCACAACACACUACAUACGUCUGUAUUUUGCACACUACGUUUCCACAAACUACCCGAAAGCACCCCACAUUAACAUCUGUCAAGAAUGAAGGGACACAAUAAACCUGGCCAAUUACAUUGGUUCAGCUUUUGAUACAGCCAAAAGAAAAAUAAACAUAACAAUGACAAAAGAGAUGGGUUUGAACAACAAAACAAACAAUAUAGAAAUAUUUCUGUUAUCCCCAUCAUUUCUAAAUCAGGAGACAAAGCAUAAAAAGACAUCAUGCCUUGUGAAAGUUAAAAAGCUUUCAUUACCCAACAACAGGCUCUUCUGGGCAAAAACUGCCAUCCUCUACCACUGUGAAAAAUCACAAAGCACAGAAAACAAGGAGAAAGUAACACUGUGUGUUUUGCACAA